AACCACACCCUCUAAGUCCAACCCUGCUCCAACUUUUUGCCUUUGGGCUGAAAUGAAAUCCUUGGGCACGAGAGAAAUUCACCGUUUUACUCAUGAAUUAGGACUUUCUCCAUCAGGAAUAACAAGAAAUGUUUAGACGCCGGAGUCGACAUGGCGUGAAGUCCCUCGUAUAGUUUCUAUCCAUCAAAUAUUGAAAGGAGGGUUGGGCGCUAUGGCGGAGGGGGAGGAGGCCAUGAGCCAGGAGGACUGGAGGGAGAAGUGUAUGGUCCUGGAGGCCUUGCUCAUGAAGUUCAGAGUGCAGAUCGUCAAGAUUCGAGAACUCACCGCUGACAAGAUUCAACAAUUGGAGACGCAGGUGAUCGAUGCUGAGAAGCGGGCCUUCACCGCUCACCAACAGGUGCAGUGGAUGGAGGAGAAGCUGAAAGCUCCAGACAGCCAGUCCGGAGACUCCGAGGUGCGUUUGUUCCAGCGCUGCCAGGAGCUGCAGGCCUCGGUGCAGGAGAAGGAAGACGUUAUCGGCCAGCUGGAGCAGCAGCUGGAGGAGCAGAAACAGAUCCGACUUCAGGAUGCCAAAACGGUGGAGGAGAAAGCAGCUAAGAUCAAGGAAUGGGUGAUGCUGAAGUUGUCAGAGUUUGAGGUGGAGAACGCAGCAUUAAGAGAAACCAACAAGCAGCAGGAGGCUCAGAUUGUGGAGUUACAGAAACAAGUGCAGGCCUUUGAGCAGAAGUGUGGUGGGGGACGAGGAGUCCUAUGCAGACCAGGGGAGGCCCAGCGUCUCAGCAGCCUGACGUUUGGCUGCUUCCAGGUGAGGGGGAAGAGCCCCCAGGUCCUCACUGGACCAGCACCCUGCCAGAGGAGCCUGAGCACCCAGGGAGAGACUGAGGGCAGAGAUAAGACUGAGAAGAGUAGUAAGCAGACAGUCUUCUCAGGGACAAACGGUGAAGUCCAGACCCCUGACCAGACUGGACUUCUGGGUAAUCCUCUGGAGGAUGACAGUGCAUCUGAAAGCCUGGGUGAGGAAGCACGUGGACCUGAGUCCCGCAGCGUCUCUUCCGUUCUCUCCAGCGCUGCAUCAGAGGGGGAGGGAGGAGGAGGAGGGUGUGAGGGCAGAGGAGGAGGAGGAGGAGGGUGCGCUCUGGAGUUCAGCCGCCCCGGCAGUGACACCUACCUGACUGCUUCGGACGACAGCAGCUCUCUGUUCGACGACGACAUGCAGCGCGCCGAGCGGCCCCGCUUCAGCCUGCUGGGCUCAUCGGAGGGGACUCUGGGAGGCUGUAAGGAUGGGGAGGAGGCGGGGGGGGAGGCACACAGGGCCAAGCUGGAGGACUGCACCUCAGAGGAGCUCAACAAGCGAUUCCAGUCGCAGAGACUUGACUCCUCAUCCUCCUCCGGCGACGCUUACACACCCAACCCCAUCCUCACCCCAGCCCUCACCCCUAAACGACCCAACCCACCCCAGGACCCGAGGGAUAACCCUGCAUCGCCCAAACAGCCCCGGCUGCGGACCCCAGCGGGGUUCGGGUUGACGAAUGUGGCUCUGGCCAAGAAACACCUGAGCCAGCCACCGAUCAGCAGCGAGGCGGCACACGGACUAACACGCAACGCUCUCAGCAUGCUGCGCCCCCUCCGGCCGCAGGAAACUGACCUCGACCAGGAGCAGGAGGUUGGCAUGGAGACGGGAAGGGACACGCCUCCUCAAAGCCUCCCUUGCUCACAAGCCGCGCCUCCAUUUCCAACCUUGCAGACAUCACCCGCUCCACCUGAACCUGGUACAGAGAUCAGCCCAGAGAAGGAAGACUGUGACAGCUCAGCACCGCCUACACCCCCUUUGCACAGGCUGCCCUCCUGGGAGAGUCGCAUCUAUGCUGUUGCUAAAUCAGGAAUCCGACUGUCUGAAACAUCCUGCACAGACCCUGCUAGCAAAGACCCUUACCUCCAGUCCUCCUAUCCUGCCUUUGUAAUGUACACAUCCCUCAUUUAUAAAAACAUGACUACUCCAGUUUACACUACUCUGAAGGGGAAAGCCACCAUGCUGAGCAGCAGUCCGUUCUCAGAUGAGUCGUCCAGCUCCGAGGAGUCCUCUAGCUCCGGAGAGGAGGAUGGCUCCCUCUGCAGCUCCCACACCUCGUCCAGCUCCCGCAAGGACAGCAGCCCGGGCAGCCCACGCUCUCUCAAGAGAGCUGUGUCCAUGUCUUCUAUGACAUCAGAGAGCGACUAUGCCAUCCCUCCUGAUGCCUACUCCACCGACACAGAGUGCUCUGAACCGGAGCAAAAACUCCCCAAAACCUGCUCUACAGCCAGUGACAACGGCAAGAGCGAACCAAUGGAGAAGUCAGGCUACCUGUUGAAAAUGGUGAAGACCUGGAAGAAAACAUGGAAGAGACGCUGGUUUGUCCUCAAAGACGGAGAGCUGCUCUACUACAACUCACCUAGUGAUGUGAUCAGAAAACCUCAGGGUCAGAUCGAAGUCAAUGCCACCAGCAGCAUCGCCCGUGGAGAUGGAAAACAAGUCCUCCAGGUGGUGACAGGGAAGCGUGUGUACUACCUGAAGGCUGACUCCCCUAACCUGCUGGAGGAGUGGCUCAGGGUGCUGCAGAGCGUGCUCAGGGUGAAAGCUGCCAGUCCUCUAUUCACCCAGCCGGAUAUUCGCCCCGGCAUGAAGGGACUGCUCAUCAAGGUCCAACACUUUUAUUUCAGUGUGUGUGUGUGUGUGUGUGUUCGUGUGUGUUUCCAGUUCCCCCUGGGACAGAUUAAGCUGUGGGAGGCCCAGGUGGAGGAGGUAGAUAGGUCAAGAGAUUCAGAUGAUGACCUAAAGGCAUGUGGGCGGGGCUUACAGGCGGCAUCUUUUACCAUCGCCAUCCACCCACAAGAGCAAGGGCCGACCUACCUGCUCAUCGAGUCCCACCACGAAAAGGACUCGUGGCUGUACCAUCUGUCCGUGGCAGCGGGCACCACCGUGGGUAAAGUCGGCACUGAGUUUGAACAACUGGUGGGAAAACUCUUCCAACUGGACGGAGAUCCAAACUCUCAGAUCUGGAGACAUCCCAUGUUGUGUUUCAGUAAGGAAGCUCUGUUGUCUCCUCUCACCACCCUGCCUUCACAAGCUCUGCAGACAGAGGCCGUUAAACUCUUUAAGACUUGUCAGCUUUUCAUCAACGUAGCCAUUGACGCUCCGGCCAUCGACUACCAUGUCUCACUGGCCCAGAGUGCUUUGCAGGUGUGUCUGGCCCACCCAGAGCUCCAGAAUGAGUUCUUCUGCCAGCUCAUUAAACAGACCCGCAGGAGGCAGCCACACGGCCAUCCAGGACCGCUGCAGGGUUGGCAGUUUCUAGCCUUGUGUGUCGGACUGUUUCUGCCCCAGCACCCGUUCCUCUGGCUGCUCCAGGUUCACCUCAAAAGACACGGAGACUCCAGGACUGAGGUGGGUAAGUAUGCCAUCUACUGCCAGCGCUCCAUGGAGCGGACCCAGCAGAAGGGCGAGAGGCAUGCCAGGCCGUCCCGUAUGGAGAUACUGUCGAUCCUGCUGAGGAAUCCCUAUCAUCACUCUCUGCCAUUCAGCGUCCCUGUUCACUUCCUCAAUAACACCUACCAGGUGGUGAGCUUCGAUGCUUCGACCACAGUGGACGAGUUCCAGUGUCGCCUCAACCAGGACACCGGCAUAAGGAAAACAGGGCUAUCUGGUUUCAGCUUGUACACUGAUGACCCUACUGGAAGAGAGCUGGAACACUGCCUGCAAGGAGGCAUCAAGAUUUGUGACAUUAUCUCCAAAUGGGAGCAAGCCUCUAAGGAGCAGCACACGGGCAAGUCUGAAAGCACCAGGACUGUCCGCCUCACCUACAAGAACAGGCUGUACUUCUCACUCCAGGUCAGGGGGGAGUCGGAGAGGGAGAGGUUGCUGCUGGCUUAUCAGACAAAUGAGGCCAUUGUAGCGGGACACUUCCCUGUCAACAAGGAACUGGCUCUGGAAAUGGCUGCCCUGCUGGCCCAGGUGGAGUUUGGGGACUUUGAGCGUCCCUUCUCAGCUCCUGGAUCAGCCCAGACCAAGUCUAACCAAACCCUGAAACAGGUCCUGGACAGAUUUUACCCAAAACAUUACCGCAGGACCACGUCUGAGGAGCAGCUCAGACAACUGUUGCUGCGCCUCUCUGCCCGCUGGGCCUCCCUCAGGGGUCGAAGUUCCCCCGAGUGUGUCAGGAUCUACCUGACCGUUGCCAGGAAGUGGCCUUUCUUUGGAGCCAAAUUAUUUGAAGCAGAGUCCAUCACGCCCUCUCCAGAGCAGGGUGCACGUGUUUGGCUGGCAGUGCAUGAAGAUGGUAUUGGCGUUCUGGAAAACAACUCUGUUAAGCCGCUGGCGUCCCACCCGUACAAGAGCCUGAUGACGUUCGGAGGCUGCAAGCAGGACUUCAUGCUGGUUGUGGGGCAGAGCAUCGGGGCCAACGCCAGCAAAGACAAACCUACAGAGAAACAUCUGUUUGCUAUGGACGCCUCCAAGAUAAGGGAGAUCACCCUCCUCGUCUCCAGUUACAUCAACAGCGCUCAUCAGCAGAAGGCCGCCGCCCACCACCUGUCUGCCCCGGCUCUGAUGGUGGCCCAGCCCAUCGGUCUGAAGGGCAGAGAUCUGAGGAGCAAGUCCCCACCGGCACUGGGACGCCCCAGCAAGACCCCCACGCUGCUGUGACGGCGCAAACCUAUCCCAUCCAUGAUCUCGCUGAGGAACAGUCACUUCGCUGAGCUGCCUUUUUUUUUUUUUUUUACCUUGUUUGAAUUUGAAAAUGAAGGAUUUAUUCACAGCUGCACAAGGCCUGAAUUCCACUGGCACACAGCUCUUCCCUUCUUAUCAGUGUGAUCCUGUAGAUGUGUCUCUUUGGGCCAGAUUUCUUUCUUGUGUGGGGAAUGGUCACCUCUCUGCCUACUGGAAGUGACGUGAAGUAUUGUGUUCCCUAAACCAUGGUUGCUCCAUCCACUUGAGUUUGGACUCCUUUUCAUAUCUGUUUGGUAUAAUUUGAUAUCACAGACGAGCCGAGGUUGCAGCAGUUUACCGCUAUGAUCAUACGGGAGUUCUAGGAGUUGGUGUCCUUUCAUUUUAAGCAUUUGAACUCCUGAAAGGUGACCUACUAGUGCAUUCCUCAGAGAACAUAAUGGAACUGGAGCAGUGAGCUGGUACACAGGUGUCCUCAGAGGCUUUGCGUAACAUUCUGCAUAUUUGACAUAUAUUGGUCUACCUGAUGAAUGUGUCGCCUUUGUUUUAGGUCAGCCUCUAAAGAGAAGUCAACACUAUUUAUUGACAGACUGAGGUAGUGUUUUAAAGUCUGAAAUUAUCCAUCUGUGCUGUGUGGUGCAUUUCUUUUUCUUUUCUUUUUUUAUUUUUUUAUUUAAAGGUGUUCUUUGAUGUAAACUUUUGUGUUCCUGUCUUAACCCUCGUGUUGUCCUCGGUUCAAAUUUGACCCGUUUUCAAAGUUUCUAUGUAAAAAAUUUGUGUUUCUUUCAACCAAAUUGCCCCAAAAAAUACCACCGAUGGUUCCAUACACGAAACAGGCUGUGAUUAUGCAUCAACAUAUACGUUCUCCUGAUCGUAACUAUUAGCCAAAAUAAUUCAUAAUAUCUGGGGGGGUUUAAAUCAGAAAUUAGGUAUAAUUUAAUAUAAAUGAGGUUUAUUUACCAUGAAUUCAAAAAAGCGUUGAAGAAAGUGACAAAACCAGUUCAUUUUCCAGAAAUAAGUGUAAAACUAUAGUGGUAGGUAGGUAGUUGGAAUGAAGUUGGCUGAGAAGAUCUAACACCGAAUUGGGUGAUCAUUUAUACUUUAUGCUUCAGGAACAGGCAAAACAGACAUGGAGGACAACACAAGGGUUCAAAAAGAAUGCACAAUUUAGAAAAGGCAAUGUCACCUUGUUAAGGAGGGUAUUUUUGUAUCUUUUUUUCUGUCCUCCCGUAAGGCCCAAAAACUCUACCAGGAAUUAAAACCCUUACAGUGUUGGAUAUCGUUAUUUAAUGAAGGAUACUAAACAAAAAUGAUGAAAGCAUAGGACAAGACUGCAGCUGAAGAAAAAUGUUAAUGUCAUUGUAUGUGUGUGUGUGUGAGUGUGUAUUUGCAAUGCAACAGAUGUGAUUGGUAAGACCGUAGAGUGGGUGAGUCGGUUGCGUGGGGAAAGGUUUCUAGUUUAUAAAAGGACGCCAGUUUGGACCCUGUGUGCUCUUAGUUACUGAGUAGCCAGGAGAGAGGUGAAACUGUAAUCAUGCACAAAUACUUUAAGUCUUCCUGGUGGAGUGCACAACUAAAAUCGGGCGAGAUGCCUCCGCUCAGUAUUUCACAUGACGUCAUUUAGAGAAGUAACACAGGGUGCAGGUUGAUUUUUGAGGAAGAUGGUCAGAGGGGAUCUGAUAAGGGAACAGGAUGGCGAAAAUAUGUUGCGGUUGCUCUGGUCACAGAGAAAUGGUGUUUCUCUGUUCUGUCACCUAGCGUGACACAGAAUAUGAUGGUAUCUCAAAGAAGCAAUCUUCCUCUUCUCUAAUCCAAAAGAUAAACUGGAAAUCAGAACUUGUUUUGUUUUGUUUUUUAAUGUAUGGUACAAAGCCAAGGUAAGGUAAAUAGCUGAUUUUCCCCUCCCAGUAUUAUCUGAAGCCUGUGAGUAUUGUCAGGUAUUCUAUUUAUUUGUCAUAAAAUAAUCAUCCUUGGAAUUAUUGUGCAUUUCUCAUGCUUGAAUAAACUAAAACGGCAAACUA